AUGAUUUACCAAUACAUUUUUGUAUUAUGUAUACUAUUGGUGCAUGUGGGUCAGUGCAUGUAUAAAAUAAAACAGUCGGGUGAUAUAUUAUUAUCUAGUCAGCAUAAUAGUUUAAUGAAUGUUAAGGUAGUUGGUAAAGACAAUUCGUUUAAUUUAGAAUUAAAUAAUAUGAUUAAAUUUCCGACAAAUUGUAUUCCUUUUAGUACCAUUGAUUAUAAUAAUAAGAAAGGUAAGAAGCCUAUAUAUUAUAUAAAACAUGAAUUUAAGAAUUUGAUAUUUUUAUAUAAAAAUAAUGUGAAUAUUAUGCAGAUGGUUUUCCCAGACAGAUUAUAUAUGGUAGGUAUAGCAGCAAAUAAUGGUUUGUUAUUAACUUUAACGGAUGUCGAUAUUUAUAGAAUCGAUACUAAAAAAAAGAAAGUUUUAUUAUCAAGAAUUAAACCUGGAAAAUAUGCACAUAUAUUAAAUAAUAGAGAAUUAUUUUAUACUGGUGUUAUCGGAGAUAGUGUUUUAAAUAAAUUUUUUGUAACAGCAGCUAUAAGAAAUAAUUAUUAUAUUUUACAUAUGGAAUAUAAUGAAGAAAAUGAAAGUAUAGAGAUAUUAAAUGUGAUCGAUAAAGUCAAUGGUCAAUAUUUAAGAGUAUUAAACGAUAUUAGUAUUGUAGGAGAUGUAUUAUAUAUAACAGAAAAUGCUGAGAAUAUUGUGCAGAUCAUUAUUAACAGAGAAAAGAAUACCAUUCAGGAAAAAAAUAUUUAUACAUUUAAUAAUAAUGAUAAAAUUGUAGGUAUAAGCGCAUCUAGACAUACUCUUUAUAAUAAUAACAACGAUAUGGUAGAUAAAUAUGUUAACCAUAAUAUGAAAGAUAAUCAAAACAAACCAGCUGAUAAUAUGAAUGAUUUGAGUAAUAAUACGAUGAUAAUAACGGUUGAUUAUAUUUUAGUAAAUUCAAAAAAAAUGUUUAAAGAAAAACCAUCAUCUGAGGGUUGUUUAUAUUUAUUAAAAAUAACAAAAGAUAGUGUUGAGAAGUACACAAUCGUUGAUCUUUUUAGUAAGGAUAUUAAUUCAUUUUAUUUUACUAUAUAUGAUGCGCAUAUUUCUCUUGACGAUGAUUAUAAGAAGAGUGGUAUAGUAGAAGCUUUACAUAAACAGAAGAGAAAGUUUUUAAAUUUUGAUAUACCAAAUGAUGAAGAUGAACCAACUAAUAAUAUUAACAGCAAUGAAAAUAAUAAAAACCAAAAUAACAAUAACAACAACAUUAAUGUUGUUAAGAUUGUUUGGACCAAUUAUUAUAAUUGUACAAUCAAUAAAGGUAUUGUAGAUUUACGUAAUGUUAAGAUUGACGAAGAUAGCAAGGAGAAAAAAUUACCUUUUGUUAAUGUAACCAAUCAAUUUAGCCUAGCCCCACAUAUAGGUGCUUCUAGCUAUUGUUCAAGAAAGGAGAAAAUAUUUAAUGAUAUAUGUUAUUAUGAUAACAGAAAUAAUUAUGUUAGUUUAUUAAACAAAUCAGAAGAAUAUAAUCUAAGAUAUCAAGGAAAUUUUGUUUUUGAUGGUUAUAGAAUCUAUUUAGGUUUUGAUUAUAAAUCAUUCCAAGAUACACAUAUUAUAACCUAUCCUAUAAAUAAUAUGUUAUAUGUUUAUAUGACCAAAGGAUUUGUAACCAUAAACUUACCACAACCAUAUGGUAUAUCCAUAGAUUCGAAGAGUAGUACCAAUAAUCAAAUAGUCGUAUAUAUAACAGGAAACGAUGAACAACAUAAUUAUGUUAAUAAAUGUGUUAUUAAAAAAGUAGAAAAGGCAUAUGAUUGUUUUGUAGUACAUAAAAAGAAAAAAGAAGCCAAUGAACUCUUUCAAUAUAUCUCACAUAUAUCAUAUGGUGAUAAUGAAGAAAAGUUAUCAACAUAUAUUUAUGUAACAAAUAAUAAAAAAACCAUAUAUAAAUUAACUAAACAAGAAAAUAAAUGGAAUUUCGAAAAAUGGUUUAAUCUAGAUAAUCCAUCUAUAAGGGUAGGACCUAUAUCAACAUCGGUUAAUUAUUUCUAUGUACAAAGAAAUGUAUUAGAAGACCUAAUAAAAAAAUACCCAGAUUCAGCAUUGUUAUCGAAAUUUAUAAAUGUUAAUGAACAAGAUCUACAUAUAACAGAAGAUGGUUAUAUAUUCUUAACCUUAUUCCAUACGGUUAUAUUCACUUCAAACAAUGAUGCAUAUGGUAACGAUAGUGGAUCAACAAUACAUUUUUACACAUCUAUCUUGAAGGAAAAAUUUUAUCAAUCCUUUGGUGUCGACAGUAUAAUAUACAACAUCGAAAAUGAUUCCAAGUUUAGUUAUUACUUAAGUUAA